ACUCAAACAUAAAUACCCCCUUUCCCCUUCUCCCAAUUCAGCAGUUAAAAGACAACCUACAACCUCUGCUAUUUCCCUCUCUUCACGUACCUCGAAGCUCUACAUCUCUUCACAAGACAGAAAGCUCCAAGCUUUACCAAACCCGGCAAUGGCAGGGAUCGUGGUGGUUUUCGACUUCGACAAGACGAUUAUCGACGUGGACAGCGAUAAUUGGGUGGUAGAUGAACUUGGUUUCACUGAUUUGUUCAAUCAGCUCCUGCCCACCAUGCUUUGGAACUCCCUCAUGGAGAGGACGAUGAAGGAGAUUCAUGAACAGGGGAAGACCAUCGACGACAUCGUUGGAGCUCUCAAACGCGUCCCAAUCCACCCUAGGGUUGUUACCGCCAUCGAAUAUGUUCAUGCCUUGGGGUGUGAGCUAAGGAUUGUGAGUGAUGCGAAUUUGUUCUUCAUCGAGACGAUUUUGGAACAUCUUGGAUUGAGAAAUUACUUCUCUGAAAUCAACACCAACCCAGGAUUUGUGGAUGAACAAGGACGGCUGAGGAUUUCUCCUUACCAUGAUUUCACCAAAUCUUCCCACGGUUGCACCCUAUGCCCUCCCAACAUGUGCAAGGGAUUGAUAAUUGAGAGGAUCCAGGCAACCAUAGCCAAAAAAGGGGGCAACAAGAAGUUGAUCUACCUAGGAGAUGGAGCAGGAGAUUACUGCCCAAGCUUGAAGCUGACUGAGUUGGAUUAUGUGAUGCCAAGGAUGAACUUCCCAGUGUCGGAAUUGAUCAGUAGGAAUCCAAUACUGAUCAAGGCAGAGAUCCAUGAAUGGAGCGAUGGGGAAGAUCUUGAGCAUGUGUUGCUUGAAAUUGUUGAGAGGAUUACUAAAUCGUCGGAUUCAAUUGCUUUGUUAGCAGCAGCAGCAGCUAAUAGCAAUGACUGCAAGUUCCAGACGAUUGCUGUUGCAGCAGCUCCAUUCCCUCCAAGGCCUCUCUCAGUACCUCAGUAGAGAGUAUAGAUUCUGAGUUGGAGUUGUGUUUUGGGUUUCAUUAACAGUCUGAUGAUUUCCUUUCUUUGACAAGAAAACAUGUCACUUGAUUUGUUAGAGUCUGCGUGAUGUGAUUUCUUUCUUGCUCACUUAAUUGGGCAAAGCAAAGAGAAGUUUAUUAGUAUUCUUAUUAUUACCACUCUGUGUUAGUUAAACUCUACCCUUUGGCGAGAAGAGGAAUGGAAUCCGAGGGAACGGAUCAGGUCAG